CUCUCCAUAACAAACACUACGAAAAUACACUACAAUUAAUAAAGCCAUCUCCUUCUACAUUUUCUCUGCUUCAGCUACGCUUUAACAACAAAACCCAGAUAUCAUUUUCUCUCUUUUCAACUUCUCUGCAACAUCUAUGGCUCGUUCUACUGCCUUGGCUCUCGUUUUCUUGUUAGCCGUCAUCACAUUUGCGUCAAAUACCGAGGGCAGGAAGCUGUUGAUGAGUAAUACGGAGGAGUACAAUAACAAAGUGGGAAGCAUUACAGUCUCUUCUCUGUUUGCGAGCUUGAUUUCCAGUGCCCUUCCAAAGGGUACAGUUUCAUCUUCUUCUCCAAGCAAGAAGGGCCAUACCACAUUAGAUAAUGAGCAGCUCUUCCAGAGACAUCUCUCUAGCAUCGAUCGUAUUUUACAGUCUGUUCCAAGCCCUGGUGCUGGCCACUAAGACUCUCACUCUUGAAAAUACCUAUAGUAUCUUAUCUUUCUCGACAGUUUUGAUAAUUUUUUUCGUUUUUUUUUCUUCUUUUUCCCUGUGGACUCAGAUGUAUACACAAUUGAAUAGAUACUAAGGAUCUAUUUCUCUUUUAUAAAUUUCCUUUUUCUUACAAGGGAUUGAUUUAUAUGUGUGUAUCCCUUUUAAAAUGAAUGAUAUAUAUAUAUUGCUAAACAGUUGAUUGAGUCAAGUGAGAUUGAUAAUGGAUUAUGUAUUCCAGAACUCUUUCUGCAUGUAUUGUGUUGGCAUGGCAAUGUACUUCCACUUUCAGAUCUGUCCUUACUUAACCCAGAUCAUGGCAACGCAGAUUUACUCGUGAGUGCAAAUAUGAACUGUAAUCUAUUUUAGUUUGGAAUAAAUUGAUUGGCCUGUGACAUGAUAAAAUGGUCCCUGAAUUCAGGCAACAAACUUGUCUCCCUGCAGACAUCACCAUCAACAACGUUGACGCGGCUUCAAUAGCAUACACAUGAGGCCUACUGAUUUUCUAAGAUCAGUUGGAGAACGUCUCUUUGCUAAUUGCUUUUUCUUCCACACAUGGUUGCCGCCCGUCUGCUAGACUUGACUUUUUAAUUCAUCGAACCCCAUCACUUGAUGAAUUCAACACAUACUUUUCAUUCCCUUUUCAUUCUUUUCUGCUUCUCUUUUUCCCUUUCUCUUUUAAUUAAAUCUUUUUAGCUAAAUGAUAUGAAGAAAUAAUGAUGAAAAACUGAUAAAAUUGCAUUUAGUUGAAUCUUUGGAUGUGUCAUGAUCAAACCCUAAUCCUCAUUCCCCUUCACUUGCCUUUAGGGGAAAAAAAUAAAAAUAAAAAGUUGGAACCAAAAGUCUCAUUUGUCUAAGGCAACACAAGGGCUCCACAAACCGCCAUGGGAAAAAACUUUGAGGAAGCUAAAUCAUGCGAGCAUUAAUUGCACGUGUUCCUUAGGUUAAUGGAUCCUCUCCUCUUGCAACCAUCCAUCACAUUCGCU